AUGGCAACGACAACCGCAACUGCUUCCACAGGAACUGUGAGAUUGGAAAAGUGCACGCUGGCAUGGAACGCCUCGACAACGAAAUCCGCGGAGCCCCAGCUGAAGAACGUCACGCUCGACAUCGAGCCCGGAUCGCUCGUAGGAGUCGUUGGCUUCGUAGGCAGUGGCAAGUCUUCGCUGCUGUCGGCCAUCCUCGGAGACAUGCAGUGUCUAGAAGGAAAUGUUGAACGCACGGGCCGCAUAGCGUACGUGCCUCAGCUGCCGAAUGUCCACAACAUGACUAUCCGGGACAACAUCCUGUACGGCCGGCCCAUGCAUCCUGGCAAUUACGAACGCGUGCUUCGCUGCUGCCAGCUCAUGAACGACCUCAACAAGAUUCCCGCCGGGGAUGCGGCCGAAGUUGGCGAGAAGGGUACGAACCUGAGCGGUGGCCAGAAGCAGCGAAUAUCAUUGGCUCGCGCGGCGUACAGCAACAGCGACGUGUACCUCCUCGACGACCCGCUCAGCGCACUCGACCCCGUGGUGGCCAACGUCAUCUUCCGCGAAGUCUUGGGGCCUUUCGGCCUCCUCAGGAACAAGACGGGCUGGCAGCUUCUCAUGGCGCUCAUCCGCUUCUCACAAUGGCCGGCGCUGGCGGGCGUGGCCGUUCUAGCGGCAGCAGCCGUAGCUAACGCGAUGCAGCAGCUCUGGAUCAAGUCGUGGACUGACGCAUCCAGCGCGGAUCCUGACGGAGCGGCGGCGGCAUCCCGGUACUGGAUCGGAGGACUCGUCGGCAUCUGCGUCGCCUCCACCGAGAUCAUCUUCAAGUCUCAGUAG